AUGCGGCGCGGGCGCGGGCGCGGCGGUGGCGGCGGCGGCGGGCGGCACCCGAAGGCGCCCCCCUCCUCGGCGGCGGUAGACCGCACCCCGAUGUCGGACGCCUUCAGCAUCCAGAGGAACCUCGACCACGCCUUCUCCCGCCGCGACUCCGACGCCUACAGCAUCUGCAGCAGCCGCCCCUCCUCCAUCGGCACGGCUCAGGCGGCCUCCCACGCCGGGGGCCCCAUCACCAGCCUCUCCGACCGCGGCUCGCAGGUCGCCGCCCUCCGCGCCGUCAACACCUACCUCGCGCCCGCCGCCAUCCACCUCCGCCCGUCCCUCCCGCCCGCCAAGGACAUCGUCGCCGCCUUCCACCACCUCGCCGACCGCCUCCGCUACCCCCUCAAGCCCGCCGCCUGGGAGGACGACCUCCUCGCGCUCCUCCGCUCCCUCUGCUGCCCCUACAAGCUCACCAGAUCCGCCCUCAAGGCCCCCGGCACCCCGCACUCCUGGCCGCCGCUCCUCUCCGUCCUCUACUGGCUCACCCUUCUCUGCCGCUUCACCGACGGCCUCGACGCCUCCCCUCCCGCCUCCGCCUCCAAUGACCUCAUGACCUACAUCACCGAGAGCUACCACCUGUUCCUCACCGGCGAGGAUGACGCCGUCGCCUCCCUCGACGACGAGUACCACACCAAGGCCCGCACCCAAAUCGGUGAGUGGGUAGCGGCCAUCCAGGAGCUGGAGAAGGAGCUUCAGGAUCUCGAGGCCAAGCGGAGCAAGCAAAUGUCGGCGCCCUCUCGCCUCAAGGCGCUGGAGGAUAAGAAGGAUGCAUUUACUGCAGACGUUCAGAAGUUCGAGGCCGUGGUGAAGAGCUGGUCCACCAAGAUCAAGGAGAAGGAAGAGGCAUUGGUGGAGGUGGAGAAGGAGCUGGAGGCCAAGGUGAUGAAUUGCCAGCAGACCAUGGCCGAGAAUGGGGAGCUGGUGAAACAGGUCGAGACGCAGGUGGUCAAUGUGAGGGAUGUCGAUAGGAUGGCUAGGGAGAUGCAAGCUGUGGAGAAUGAUAUUGCAAAGCUGGAGAAUGCGAAUGCCGUGCUGGAGGAGAAGGGGUGGGAACUCGAAGCUGCACUGGUCAGUAAACUCGAGGAGAUCGAGGGCCUUGCGGAGCUGUGCAACCAGUCCCUCAGGAAGUUGAAACCCAGUAUUGAUUUCCAGUACGAGGUAAAUGCAAAAGGAUCCUCCCCGGCUGAGAUCCUUGGUACCACCUACAAAACCACCCUGAAGCCCGCGCUCAAUGCUCUUGCCAAUGAAACUAAAAGGCUAAUUAUCUCAAAGCACGACGAGUCAAUUGAUCUACAAAAGCAGCUGCAAGGAAUUGUUAAAAUGCUGGAGGAGAAAAGGAGUCAUGUUUCUGUUCUACAGGCUAAAAAUAAUGAGAUGCAGUGUUUGAUCGAGGAGGUCUCGAUAUGA